AUGGAAGUCUACUUCCAGGGACUGCCGCAGGGCUUGUCCCAAGCCAGUUUUCAGAACGGCCUCCAGGGGUUCAUGAACGUCUUGGGAAUCGUCGAUUGGUCUUGUCAAGUUCACGGACGCAAGGACUUCGGCUUUGCCACAUUUCUCCACGUCUCGGACGCCAACAAGUUCUUGCAAGCCCAUGGCGCCGUUAAGCCUCACAAGGCGAGGCUGCGCAUUUUCAACCGUCCCGUUUACGCUUCCAAGGGCAAGAGGACCCCUGAUAAGUUGGCAAUUCAACAUCUCCGAUACCACAUGGAACAAAGAGCUACCACCGUAGCCAAGCCCGUCUCCAAUCAUGCACCAGUUCUGGACAAUAUGCGGUCCAUAGACUGCGGCCAUCUCACAAUCGACCCCGACGGAGAUGAUCUCGUAUUCGUCCCGCAGUGUACUCUCUCGUGCAAUCUCAGCAUUAGUUCAUGUACCGCCAAGUUUGCAAAGAGGACGCUCAUUCUUAAGUACAACAACGGUUCCCGUGUGGAUAUCCCCUACGAAAGCGUGUCGGAGAUGGUUAUCGAUAAAAUCAGCCCUCAAAUCACCUUAAUCCUGACCGCGACCCCAAGGUUCUUCGCCCCAGGCAACCAAAUCGAUCGAUCGAUGGGAAAAUUGGAUCUUGAGGCAUUUGGAUGGAACAAUGCCUCAAGGGUCCCGGAUCGGAUGAGGACCACACAUCUCCACGGUUGCGACGAGCACUCUAAGUACGUCGCGCACUGCCUCGUCUAUCGCCUCACCUUCUGGCAAAAUUACAAUGUGUUUGACCAUCACAUGUCUGCAGUCGAGCACAUAGACGUCGUAGCUUGCUCUCGAUUCUCGUUCCGGCAGCUCGCACCAAUGCCUGGCAGUACCGAUUUCCCUUCCGCUUUCCAAGCCUUCACUCGUAGAACGAAUGAAAUCCAGGCCGUCAAUGCUGUCCCGUUCGACAUCCUCUUCCAGGUCCAAGCACUUGUCAGGAACAUCUACGUGACUCCGAAGGUUGGGAUCGAGAUUCUGGAUUAUAUGGAAGCCUCCUUCACUGACGCCAAACGAAGACGCUUACCUCCGCCCUUCUCCGUCAAGUCUUUCAAACAACUCUUCCAGAAAAUCCCGUACCCGUCCCCGGAUAUGGAUCUCGACCGACUCACCUCUAGAUAUAUUUUAGACGAUCUUGUGGGGAUCGAAACUAGUGGGCGAAGCCACUCUCCUUUUUUUUCCAGAUUAGAAAAGGAACGCUCGGCGCGCCAGUCGUGGGUGUUCAAAGCUGUCGUGACGCCGACGCGUAUUAUUCUGCAAGGUCCUGACCUCGAGACGAACAAUCGAAUCCUUCGCAAGUUCCCCGAUUUCACGGACAAUUUCUUGCGAGUCCAGUUUAGCGAGGAGGACGAAGAAGACCUCUUCUUCAAUCCAAAUGUGUCCAACGACAUGAUUUUGAAGCGGUUUGAAAACGUCUUCCGCACUGGAAUUCAAAUCGCUGGUCGAGUGUAUGGUUUCUUGGGAUUUUCCCACUCCUCUCUACGGUCCCACUCUGCGUGGUUCUCGGCGUCCUUCUUCGACAAAGAUCACAAAUUCCAGACCUACAUUAGCAUCAUAAAGGAUCUGGGAGAUUUUGAACACAUUCGUAUCCCCGCGCGUUGCGCCGCAAGGAUUGGCCAGGCAUUCAGCGAAACACCUUUCUCGAUUCACCUACCCGAUCAUGGCAUAACGCAGUCCUACAUUGCCGACGUCAAGUCUCCCGACGGCAAGCGAAUCUUUAGCGACGGUGUAGGGACCAUCUCCCGCGCUGCCGCGCUAUCUAUCUGGGGCGUGUUGCCUAAGAGCAGCAAUAGAGCUACGUGCUUCCAGAUCAGGUGGGCCGGGGCUAAGGGCAUGCUUUCGCUUGACACCCGACUACCCGGGAAGCAGUUUUGCAUCCGAAAGGAAACGAUGGAGAAGUUUCCGAGUCCCGACAGCGCAGACCUCGAAAUCUGCGACAUGUCGUCUAGACCACACCGAUUCCUCCUGAACCUGCAAAUCAUUAAAAUCCUCGAGGAUCUAGGAGUCGACGAGAGCUGGUUUCUCCGCCUCCAGAAGACGGAACUUGACCGGUUGAAGGCCGUGACGAAGACUGCCGAGAGCACAGCGGCAUUCCUUCACUGUCACGAUGUCGGCACGGAAGCAGACCUACCGAAGUUCAUCAAGCGGCUGAACAAGCGCAAGAUUGACUACCGCCAGGACCCCUUCAUCCGGUCUUUGGUAGAGUCCGUCAUACUCAGAGAACUGCGGCUGCUGAAGCACAAGGCCCGGAUUCCCGUUAGAAAAGGCGUGACUCUCUUCGGCGUCAUGGACGAGACGGGAUAUCUUGAGGCGGACGAGGUCUACGUCACCUUUGAGAAGACGUACCAGGGGAUAGAGGUCCCGAUUGACCAUUCGAUAAGGGACGGCCCGGUUACUGUGACCAGGUCGCCGGCGCUGCAUCCUGGGGAUAUUCAAAUAGCCUAUCAGAAGACUCCACCCUCGGGUCAUGCGCUUAGAGCAUUGAGGAACUGCAUAGUGUUCAGCCAGAAGGGAAUUCGGGACCUCCCCAGCAAGCUGAGCGGUGGAGACCUGGACGGCGACAAAUACAACAUCAUAUGGGAUCCGGACUUGAAGAUAGAGCGGCUCUUUGAGCCAGCCGAUUACCCUCGCGUGAUGGCGAAGGGCCUUGACCAACCAGUUGAAAAGUCGCACAUGGCCAAUUUCUUUGUCAAUUUCAUGAAGACGGAUCAGCUUGGUAUCAUUGCGAAUCGGCACCAGAUUAUCGCUGAUAAGAAGCCUGAGGGGACCCUGGACUCGGACUGCAUCAAGCUCGCGGAAUUGCACUCGAACGCGGUGGACUUUUCUAAGACGGGAGUCCCCGUUGACGUUGCCCUCAUGCCGAACUUCAAACCGAGAUUCCGGCCAGAUUUCCUUUCGCCAGCCCCUCUAACCAAAGUUUAUGACCUCGGAACAAUUGAAUUCAUGGACGAUCCUGCCAACUCCAAGGAAGACGAGGAAGACGCCGCCCCGAAUUACCAGUACUACAAGUCGGAAAAGAUCCUGGGUAAGCUGUAUAGGGAGGUGGAUGAGAAGAAGGUGUGGUCUAGCAUACAAAGGUCUGCGUCGGCAGAUGGUCCGUCUAUAUGGGACCAGCUCCUCGGCGUUGUAGACAAGGAGCUUCGCGAUCUCAGGCUGUACUUUGCGAUCAAUUGGGAAAGCCAGGUAGAAAUGGCUCUAACGCUCAAGGAAGGAUACGAAACGAUUGUUAGGGACCUGCAGAACAUACACAACCCAAACACCACCUCGGGUCUCUCCGAGCUCGAGGUCUUCUGCGGCACAGUCUUCCACAGAUCCUGCAAGCCCACCCGCCGCCAGCGCGAAUGCUCCAUCAAGAUCCGCGAAAAGAUCAGCGAGGUCCUAACCUGGUUCGUCGGCGAGCUCCGCAGCGGCGGCGUAGGCCUCGCCGCCCAAGCCGACGACGACACCGCCAGCGUCUCGAACAGCAGCACCCUCAACGGCGCGGCGACGACGUCGGCCGACAAGAUGGCCGCUCGUCUGCGGGCCAUAGAGCUCUGCCUCGCGUGCGUGCGCGUGGCGUGCGAGAAGUCGCAUGCCAUCGGCGGGCCAGAGAGGAGGGGGAGGAGGGGGAGGAGGGGCGGGGAGCAGAUGAAGAGUUUUUUGGUGGUGAGUGCUGCGACGCUUUUGAGGGAGUUGGAUCGGUAUCGGUUUGAUGCGGAGGAAGCGGCGAGGAGGCAGAUGCUGAGGGAGGGUGGCGGUGGUGGUGGGUAUACUGGGGUGAGGGGGCGGCGGAGGUAA